AUGUAUUACUAUGGAACAAUAUUAUCCAUCAUCCUUGUCACCGCCACCUUUAUUUAUCCACAUGCAUUCAAUAAAAUAAAUAAGCAUUUCUUAAGAUCUAAUUCGUUUUUUUUUUUUUUUUUGUUGUUGUUGUUCUUUUACCUGAAGGUUGAGAAGAAUGAAGAGGCUGACCAGAAAAUUGAGCAGGAUGGUAACAAACCUGAAGACAAGGCACACAAGGCUGCCACAAAAAUCCAGGCCAGUUUCCGUGGGCACAUAAUCCGAAAAAAGCUCAAGGACGGGAAAAAGGAGGAUGGCACAGCAGCCCCUGAAGCAGCGACAGCUGAGGGAGAGAAAAAGAAAGAAGAGGCCACCUCUCCAGCAGCAGAGAGCCAAGCACCUGCUGCAGAUGCAGCAAAAGAGCUGAAAGAAGAGAGCAGCAAAUCCAAAACCGAAGAGGCUGGAAAGGCCGUCAGCACUCCUGCGACUGAUGCAGUUCCUUCUGAACCCAGCAAAGAGGAGGAGAAGCCAGCGGCUGUGACGGACGUUUCAGAAAAGACCAAGGAUGUUGCUGCCCCUGCUGCCUCCGAAGAGAAGAAGGCAGCUGAAAGCGAAAACAGAGAACCUCCCGGUGCCAAGGAGAGUGCAUCUACCACCAAUGCUUCCACUGAAAGUGCCCCAUCGCCGAAUGCUGUCCAAUCAGUGGACAAAGAGGAGCCCAAACAAGCCGAUGUGCCUGCUGCUGAUGUCAGUGAGACAACAACCAAGGCGCAAAGCGAAGAGACUGAGAGCAGCCAAUCACAAGACAAAAACGAUGCUGUAGAUGAAUCCAAAUCUACUGAAAGUGCCCAGGAGGAGGCAGCCAAGGAGGAAGACAGCAAUGCUGCCCAAGAGAAUGCCUGAAAAAAAAUAAAAAAAUAAAAUAGGCCGCUCUUAGCCUUCUGAUUGUGUGGACCGUCCAUUUUUUGUUUGUGUGGCAAAUAUUUUUAAAAAAUUGGCGGGAAAGUUUUGCAGUCAAAAAAAAAAAGCGUGGCUUGUUUUAGGUGUUCUUGGUGUUGUUAUGACAGUUUGAUAUGAUCAAUCAUUUGAAAUUCUUCUUGCACUGUAUAAAAUAAAGCAAAAACAUUUGGGUUAUUUUCUAUGUUCCAGUGCGUGCAAUGUUCAGUUUAAAUAAGAGUUCAAACUGUAAGUGAACAAAUGGUUUCAUUUCAAUGUGAUGGGAAUGAACAUUUUUGUUUGUUUGUUUUCAAAAUAAAGCAAUGUGCCAAUUA